ACGUCUGUCAUGUUGCACGGGUCGAAAGUUUAUAUUUUGGCCCUUCUUCAAGCCUUUCUCUUGGCCAAGCUAACUGAGUCUGCUAUGUCAAGUUGCCCAAGAGAUGAGAAAUGCACCAGACUGGCCAGCUGCUCCCCGCUGAUGCAGAUCCUGAAGCCCUCGGGCAUGACUCAGGCGGAGAGGGAUGUGUUUGCCCACAGGCAGUGUGACCUGGACCCCCAUGGAGACGAGUUGCUGUAUAAGAUCUACGUUUGCUGUCCGGAGUUGGGUGACGUCCUGCCCAGCAACCAGAGCUGCGGACCAACGCCGCCAGAGUUCCCAACUCCGAGUGGCGGACAUGCAGUGCUCAACGAGUACCCGUGGUUGGCACUCUUGCUGUAUGAGAAUCGGCUAUCCUUGAGGUGGGAUCAAGAAACGAGUUGUGUGGGCUCGCUGAUCAACAGCCGCUAUGUGCUGACCGCUGCCCACUGCGUGACCGGUGACCACUUGACCCACAAGGACCUGGUGGUGAAGAGUGUGCGCCUGGGCGAGCACAAUAAGUCCACGAAUCCCGACUGCAUCACGUUGGACAGCGGUCAUCACCACUGCGCUCCGCCGCAUCUGCAAGUGAAUCUGGAGCAAGUUAUAGUGCAUCACGGUUUCUUUUCGAUGGGCACCACUUUCCUCAACGACAUCGCGCUCCUCCGUCUGCAGUUUCCAGUUCGAUACACGAAACAGAUCCGACCCAUUUGUCUAGUGGAUGCGGACACCCACUUACAGGGCUUGCGAAUCGCUAGCUGGGAUGCAACUGGAGGCAUUCGAACGGUGAUCAUGACCACGAUGAAGGAAAGGAAUCCAUAUGAUUGCCUGAUUAGUUAUCCCCACUUCCAUCCCGUGUCCCAAAUGUGCGCCAGUGGAGAGCGGGAAAGGGACACCUGUGUGGGCAUGUCCGGCAGUCCGCUAAUGGGCAUCAAGGAACGUAAUUUGCACGGGUACUUCUUUUUGGCAGGCAUUUCCACAUAUGGACAACAGCCUUGCUAUUCCCCUGGUGUUCCAGAGUUCUACACAAAAACUGGCUACUUUUUGGAGUGGAUUAAGGCCAAUUUGGCGCCCUAAUUUCAUUUCAAAAUCACUUUAUCAGGUCAGCAAAGCAUUCUUCUGUUUUAUAGAUAAUUUGCCUAAAU